CACAUUCAGUUACCUAGGAAACACGGACAGUGCCCAACGUUCCGCCCAGCGUUCCGCGAACCGUCAGUUGGGCAGACGCUAAGUAACGUCACAGAGAUAAGGAACAUUAUGUUGGUCAAACUCCACGGCGACGUGAUCACGGUACACUUGCUUUGAACCAUCCAAUGAACCAUCUUGAGUAAAGUGCCCCCAUUCAAAGACAUGACAGAGCAUAACCCCCAUGACCAGCAUACAGCAGGGGCCAAGGAAGAAGAAACAGAAUCAACAAAUAUGGAUCAUGUCUCAGCAAGUGAUGAGAGCAAACAGGAAAAUACUGAUAGUGAUCAGGAUGUAAAGCAGCAACACUCAGAAGAUUCAGCUUCAUCAUCUGCAUCCACAAACAGAGAGACUAAAAGUGACAAUGAUGAAGACGUGGAGCUGGCUGAGGCUGAAGAGAGGGUGGUACCUCUUACAGAAGGAUCCUCUUCUCCAGAUGAGGCCAGCACUGAGGAGGACAACAGCACCUCACCUCAGACUAAUGACGGACAUCAUGGUGAUUACAACAGAGAAACAGUGACAAAUAGGCAGCCUUCCAUGAUAGGUAAAGAGAUUUCCAGUGUCAUGGAAAAACAAACACAGUCAGCAAAUAUGGAUCAUGUCUCAGCAAGUGAUGAGAAAAAACGGAAAGAGACUGAUAUUACUCCGAUUGUAAAGCAGCAACUCUCAGGAGACUCAGCUUCAUCCACAAACAGAGCGACUGAAAGCAACAACGGUGAAGACGUGGAGCUGGCUGAGGUUAAAAAAGGAUCCUCUUCUCCAGAUAAAGCCAGCACACGGACUGAGGAGAACGACAGCACGCCACCUCCCACUGAUGACGCAAGUCAUGGUGAUUACAACAGAGAAACGGCGAGAAAUAAACAGCGGACCGUGAUAGGUGAAGAGAUUUCCAGAGAAUAUCACGCUGGGGAGAAAAAAGCACCAGAAGCACCUACUCCACCAACCCUGCGUGACAGAAAGAAGGACAAAGUAGAUGGACCCAACGAUAGACUUAAGACAGAAACCCCAGGCACUAACACCACAAAGGAUGGUGGAAGCGACCUGGAUAUACACACCAUUGGCCCUACUACUCAGGAGUCUACUGAACAUGCAGAUCCAGUGGUGACUGGGAUUACUGGAGGAUGUGCAAGAUACCUGAUAGCAGUGGUUAUAGUGGUCGUUGUUGCCAUCCUGGUGCAGCAUCUCCUCCAACCCGAGGCUCCACCCGAGAAAAAGGAUGUGCGGAAAAUCGACAUCUUCCUCAGGCAGAUGGAUAAAUUAAAUACUCAGUUCCCUAACCAGCGUGCUGAGCUAUGGAAAAGGAGCAGGAUCCACCUGCUGAGGCACCUCCAGACGGCCCAGCCCACAGAGCCCGUCAGUCUGAUCCUGACUGCAGGCGUCGGAGCCCAGCGGACAUUGCGCUGCCUGGCUCAGGGCCUGGCCUCCGCCUUCUCUUCUGCCCUCAACGCCUCCGUCCUCCACAUCGAUGGAGCCGGCAAAGCCAGCCAGGACAGCGACCAGGUCAAACUGGACAUUGACAGCAAGUUACAGGGAGCUUUCGAAGGAGACAAACCCGUGGCCGUCAUUCACCGCUUUGAGGAGCUACCUCCAGGCUCUACCCUCAUUUUUUACCGCUACUGCGACCACGAGAACGCCGCCUACAAGAAGACUUGUCUGAUAUUCACAGUACUGCUGGAGGAGCAAGAAGAGAUUUCUGCCAAGAGUCGUUUGAGUACUGUGGAAGAGAUGGUGGAUGACCACCUUCAGAAGAAGUUCCUUUCUGACGGCCACCCUGUAUCUUUUGACAGGAUGGACCUCGACAAGUACGGUGGACUCUGGAGCCGCAUUUCCCACCUCAUCCUGCCAGUGGCAGCAGAGGAAAGGAUGGAGCAUGAAGGAUGCUAGGGGACAUGAAUAAUCACUGUUGUUUGAACUUUUGGUCUAAGCACUUCUGUCUAUCUGUCAGCUUUCUCCCUGGGUGUCAUUCUGAGGCUACUAGCAGCAUUAAAGGACCAGUGUGUAGGAUUUAGUGGCAUUUGGCGGUGAAGUUGCAGAUCUCAACUAACGGACCACUUCUCAUGUCUGUAUAUGACCACCUGGGAAUGCAAACACCCUGUGAAGUGUGUAGGUGAAACUACGGUGGCCGUGAAACUCCCCCCCAAAAAAAGCAUAUCUAGAGCCAGUGUUUGGUUUGUCCGUUCUGGGUUACUGUAGAAACAUGGUGGUUAAACAAUGCGGCCUGCAUGGAAGAUGACCCCUGGCAUCUGUAGCUCAGAUUGGCUCAUUCUAUAAAUAUUAUAUUCCAUUCCUGCUAAUAGAUUCUCCUCAAUAUUACACACUGGGCCUUCAAAGACCCAGAGGUUUCUUACAUAUACCAUAUAUUGAAGGUCACUUAAGAUGAAGACAUCAAGUAGAAAUAAGACACUUAAGAUUAAGAUUAUACAAUGGGAUAUUUGUAAAGAUGUAUGUCAAAAUUCAUAAUGAAAAAAAUGUUUGACAAAAGGCUGUGGUGCUUUUUGUUUUAGUACUUUUAAUCAAAUUUGAUUUUAGACAACUUGCAAAAUGAAAAGCGAUUGAACGGGGUUUGUGGAUUUUACUGUAUAAUGUGCAAUGUUGAUGGUAACUGCUGCAAUUUGUGUAAAUUUCAAAAGUUAUUUAAUGUAAGACUUGAUUGUUCUCCUAUGGAUAAUGAUCACAAAGAGCUACUGGGCAGUGGUAUUCUUUUUGGUAUCUCAACACAGGGUUUAUGGUUUUUAUGACAAAUGUCACAACUCUCAAACCUACACGGCACCACGUGCCUUAACUGAACUUCCCAUGCUCCAUUUUCUAUACACAUAUUCACAUAUCACAUUACAGGAAGAAGUUUUAUGAAGAUAAGUGCAUAAAUUGAAUGUGCCUUAAAGUAAAAAUAAACAAGUUAAUUCCAA